UUGCCCCUGAGGAGAAAUGAUGAUAAGGGCUGUGAUCUUGCUGGCCAUCAUUGCUGAAGUUUUUGCAGGAACAUGCACACCAAAUAAAGCAGAUGUCAUUCUGGUGUUUUGCUAUCCCAAGACGAUUAUCACCAAAAUUCCAGAAUGCCCCUAUGGAUGGGAAGUACACCAGCUGGCUCUGGGAGGAGUCUGCUAUAAUGGAAUCCAUGAGUCGGGUUACUACCAAUUCAUAAUCCCAGAUCUGUCUCCUAAAAACAAGUCCUACUGUGGAACUCAAUCUGAGUACAAGCCUCCCAUCUACCACUUCUUCAGUUCCAUAGUCUCCAAUGACAGCACGGUGAUCGUCAAGAGCCAACCUGUCAACUAUUCUUUUUCCUGUACGUACCAUUCCACCUACCUGGUGAACCAGGCAGCAUUUGAUCAGAGAGUGGCCACUGUGCAUGUGAAAAAUGGGAGCACGGGGUCAUUUGAAAGUCAGUUAUCUCUGAACUUCUACACAAACGCCAAGUUCACCAACAAAAGAGAAGCUCCUUUCGUGGUGGAAACCUCAGAGAUCGGUUCAGAUUUGUUCUCUGGAGUGGAAGCAAAAGGGCUAAGUACCAGAUUUAAAGUCGUUCUGAACAGCUGCUGGGCUACUCCAUCAGCGGACUUCAUGUACCCGAUGCAGUGGCAGCUGAUCAGUAAGGGCUGCCCAACAGAUGAGACGGUCAUCGUGCAUGAGAAUGGGAAAGACCACCGGGCUACCUUCCAGUUCAAUGCUUUCCGGUUCCAGAACAUCCCUAAGCUGUCGAAAGUCUGGCUGCACUGCGAGACCUUCAUCUGUGAUAGUGAAAGAUUCUCCUGCCCUGUGACGUGUGAUAAAAGGAAACGUUUCCAUGAACAGACUGGGGGAGUGUUAGUUGUGGAAUUCUCCAUCCGCAGUAGGGGAUAUUCAAGUCACUACAGCUUCUCGGAUAUUUUCUACCAUCUAAUCUUCAUGCUUGGUAUCUGUGCUAUGUUAUAGAAGCUGACGUGGCUGCAGCAGGCCAUUAUCCUAAGGCAUUACUUUCUGAGUUGAUGGCAACUCAUGUUUAUUUUGCUGACAAAAACAGCUUAGGGGAUGAUUUUUAAGGGAAGGUAAUCAAAACCUGACAAAUUUGGGUUCCAGUGCUGCAAUAAAUGUGUUCCCUAGUUCCUGAAAUUAUUUCAUCUUCAUGACAAGGAUGCUCAGAUCAUUGGGAUCCUUCCUUUUUGCUGUGGGAGGGUUCUGGUUCCUUCCAUUUUCAACAGCCGAUUCCAUAAAUAAAGCCGAAACAAAGCCGAUUCCAAAAAGAGUGAACAACCACCACCAGCUCCAAUCAAGCCGAUGAAACCGAAAGAGCCAAAGGAGAAUGGAAUGUCAUAAUCUUAGAGCUAGGUUGAAUGCAGCAUCAAGAUCUCUGCUCUCGAUUUGGCCCAAUGUCUUUAAUCAACAGGGAAAGAAUCAACAGAUUGUUGGGGCGCAAAUUAAUUACUUGCGAGGCAGCAGAGACUUGGAUAGGGAGGUCUGAAAGGGAAACCCAGGAUCAGAAGCAAAAACUCUAUAUUCAGCCCUGCCCUAUCCUUAAUUCUGUCACUAGGAUUAUCAGCGCAUAACUGCAUUGGCUAAUUCAUGAACUCUGAACCAUGAGGAUUUAAGUGUUGGCCAAAUGUCUAAAAAUCCUAUCCACUCUUUCACCAACAACCAAGAAUAUUGAGACGUUACCACUCUUAUCUCAAAGCUAAAUGCCUAAAAAAAACUGUGAUAUUGUAAUUCUCUUUGUAGUAAGACAUAAAAAUAUUUUAUUGGUUCGGAUUUAAAAAAACACCUCUCCUAGUAUGCUCUUAGUGAAUGGCUUUUAUGCAUGGCUUCAAAUAAAUCAACACUCCCAGUAGGUUAGUAUAUUUUAUUGAAAAUCCUACAAUCUUGUGAAUUUAGACUCUAAAUUAAGCUCUAAAUCUCUAGACUGUAAAGUCCGCUCUAGUCUGUAAGCCCAACUCUGAUGUAUUCAAGCGCUAAGUACAGUUCUCUGCACACAAUAAGUGCUAAAUAAAUAUCUGGUGCUAUAGAUGAAAUAAAAUAUCCUCAAAUAUUGUCCA